AUGGUUUCGACACUUAGAGAAGCUGGGGAAGGGGAAAAAGAACUGGAUCCCGACGACGAAGAAGCAGGGUUCGAAGAAGAACAGGCAGUCAUUGCGGCUGAUGACGAUGAUCAUGAUUCAGUUGACGUGAAUACUGUCGUUGUGUCAAAGCCCCCUUCGCCUGUCCCUCAACCUACUUUCACCGUCACCGACCAACUGAUCCAAGACACAGACAUCUUUACCACUCUCCGCCAAACCAUCAUCUUUUUGAAUAGAGCGCUGGUCUCAGACAAUGAAGCAGAAGUGCGGGAGGCCAUCCGCAUCUCCGACCGACUGCUCGAACAUGUGCGACUUCAGCACGGUAAUUGA